AAUAAUGAAAACACAAAAACGAGCUACCUUGGAAGCUCCCUUUAUAUAUAGACUCCCCUUAAAAAGAGAAGUGUAACGGGGUUGAAGAAAUAAGCUCCAGCUAUUUACUUCACUUCCUUCACAUUUCUUCUCAGUUCUCACUACUCUUCAAUCCCCUAUUUCUUCUAUUCCACUAUUUCUAAUUGUAAUUUGAGCAUCAUGGAAGCUUGGCUAGCCGAGUUGGAAAUGGAAGUAGAUCCAGUGAAUCCAUUAAUGAACAACACUUGUUACAACCAAAGUAGUGAAACCACAAUGAUAAACUCAUUUAGUGAAGAGUUAGCUGCAACUCUAGGUGAAGAUUUUCAUUAUCUAUUCUCAGCAGAGAGCAAUACAAACUCUCCUCAAUGGGAUAUUGAUAGUAUUCUUGUGGGGCCAGUUACACCGCCUACUAUUAAUAGUACUGAAAAUCAUUGCUGCAAUAACAAUAAUGAUAUUAAUGAUGAUGAUAAAGGGAAACAAAUUAAGAAAAAGGAAAAUCAGAUUAGUAAUACUAAGCAAGGAGCAAAGAGGAAAAGGCAGCCAAGUCAAGUGCAAGAUCAUAUCUUGGCCGAGAGGAAGCGCCGUGAAUUGCUCAGCCAGUUGUUCAUCUCUCUUUCCGCACUUGUCCCUGGCCUUAAGAAGAUGGACAAGACAUCAGUCUUAGGCGAGGCAAUCAAAUACAUGAAAAAACUUCAAGAAAAUGUGAAGACACUUGAAGAAGUUGUUGCAAAGAGAACAGUUGAGUCAAUGGUAGUUGUUAAAAAAUCACAAUUAGUAGUCGACAACUAUAAUGGUGAUGACAAUGAGUCUUCGUCUACGGUCGACGACUAUUGCGCUAGCGGCACUAGUGCUAGUGGUGGCGAUGGUGGUAGUAGUCGUGAUGUUGAAAAUGUCGACCAUUCAAUUCCAGAAAUCGAAGUUAAGAUAUCGGGGAAAACACUGCUUUUAAAAGUUUAUUGUGAAAAUCACAAGCGAAUUUUGGCCAAUUUAUUCUCGGAGUUGGACAAAUACAAUGUGACCGUAACAAGUUCUAGUGUUAUGACAUUCGAGAGCCUGGCCCUUGACAUUACCAUUGUCGCACAGAUUGAAGAAGAUUUUAACAGGAAUAUAAAAGAAUUUGUGAGGAAUCUUAGAUCACACCUGCUGUCAAGGAGUGAUUAAUGUGGUGGAAUAUGGAUCCAUAGAUUGGCACUUGUUCUUGUUAAUUUGGAUUAUUGGUCUUGCAUGCUCUAACUAAAACUUAGUCCUAGGAAUUAAAGCGACUUUCUCUACUUCAUUUAUUAUAAUUACUAGUAGUGAAUAAAGAGAAAGGUACUUCAAAAUCUAAAAAAAAAAAAAAAAAAAAAAAAAGAAAGAGAGAAAUUACUUCAAAAUGACACGAAAUGUUUCGUAGGUCGUGUACCCUAAAUGACACGAAAUGUUUCCAACUUUUGUGUAAACCAAGUUUUGUCCAUUCAACACAAAUAAUAAAACUUUUGUUUAUUUUGUGCCA